AUGACCUCCGCCGAGAUCUCCUGGCUGUCCGCCGCCAACAAUCUCGCCGCCGGCUCCUUUCUCCUGCUGUUCGGUCGUGUAGCGGAUCUGUUUGGACGGCGGUGGUUGCUGAUUGCUGCGCUGGCGAGCUUUGCGGUGUUCAGUAUUGUCGCUGGUUUUGCGACGAAUGCGGUCUAUCUGGAUGUGAUGAGUGGACUGCAGGGGAUUAGUUGCGCGGCGGCCGUGCCGCCGGCGUUGGGGAAGUUGGGUGGGGUGUACAGGGUGCCGAGCUGGAGGAAGAAUAGAGCGUUCGCGUGUUUCUCGGCUGGAUAUCCAGUCGGGUUCGUCUUAGGAGGAUUCAUCGCUGGGGUGGCGACGGACGUAGGGACGUGGAGGGUGUCGUUCUGGGCGAUGGGCGUGCUGUACGCCGUAUUUGCGGUUGCGGCAUGGUGGACCGUGCCUAGCGAUGGUGAGCAGAGUUUGGGUGGGUGGAAUAUGAAGACGUUAAGACAAUUUGAUCUGGUAGGGGCGGUGUUGACGGUUGCGGGGAUGGGGAUGUUCACCGCGAGCUUCACGUUGACGGGGGAUUCGGAGGGGGGCUGGCGGGAGGGCUAUGUUCUGGCGCUCUUGAUCGUUGGGGCGAUCCUGAUCGGGACUUUCAUUUACUGGCAGAGUAUCUGUCGGAAUCCUCUGAUGCCGUUGGGCGUGUUCAAGGAUCGGAAUUUCUCGAUUCUGGUCUUUGCACUUUGCAUAGGAAACCUGAGUUUCGGAGGGAAUUUGUUCUGGAUAAGUCUUCUGUGGCAACGGGUUGAGCGCCAGAAGCCUUUGAUGGUGGCUGUCAGGCUCCUCCCCGCGGGUGUGGGAGGCAUCGUGGUCAAUGCUGUGGCUGGCUUGGUCAUGCACAAGGUCAGCAACAAAUUAUUGAUGGUUGUCGGCACAGCCAGUCUGGUCGUUGCGAGCGCGUUAUGGAGUGCCACAGGUCCUGGACUGAGUUAUUGGGCUCUGAGCUUCCCGGCCCUGCUAUGCUCGGUCAUUGGAGUGGACUUCCAGUUCACCGUCACAAACAUGUAUGUGUUGAGUUCGAUGUCUUCUGAUCAACAGUCUGUCGCUGGAGGCAUGUUUAACACCAUUGCCCGCAUAGCUUCGACGAUUGCCCUUGGGAUUCAGACGGCUGUCUACGAAGGCGCUGGUGGGACAGCAGACGGCGCGGAUGCUCUCCAGUAUCGGCCAUACCAAGCAACCUUCUGGUUCAGUUUGGGCGCGACUUUUCUCGGUCUGGUCGCGGUACCAUUCCUUACCAUAGGCACGCAAGGAGCCAAGAAGAAGACCCCUUAG